GUCUUCUCGACGUUCCCAAGCGAACCACAGGCAAACCGUAGAGUGACGCAGAAGUCAUUUUCCUCCAUACUGAAUCAGAAACCAUGGCCGCACCCUCGUAUGCCACAGUCGCGAACCCCGAAGAGGAGACGCACGUCGUCGAAGAGGAGGCAGAGCCGCCGCGGGCUCCGAGUCCGACUCUCAAGCGAAGCGCGAAGAAGGGUGACCUCCAGAAUGGUAGCGGCUACAAUGGCAGCGCGCGAAAGCGACCGUCGCAGCAGCGCCAGAAAGGCGAGAAGACCGCCCUACAGAAGCAUGUCGCGUUCUUCGACCGAGACGGAGACGGCAUCAUCUGGCCUCAAGAUACCUACAUUGGAUUCUAUGCCCUGAAAUACGGCAUCAUCCUCUCGUUCAUCUCCACUGUCAUCAUCCACGGCAACUUCGCGUAUUGGACGCAGAAGUCGUGGAUCCCUGAUCCUUUCCUGCGCAUACACGUCGCCAAUAUCCACCGCGACAAGCACGGAUCCGAUACGGGAACCUACGAUAACGAUGGUCUCUACAUCGAGGACAAGUUCGACCGCAUUUUCGACAAAUACUCGUCCCUCCCCGAGAAGGACGGCCUCCUCGUGACAGACACUCUUCGGCUUAUUGUCGGCCAGCGCUGCGUACUGGACUUCCUCGGCUGGGGCGCAGCUAUCUUCGAGUGGUUGGCAACCUGGAUCCUGCUUUGGAACCGUCGGACGCCGGAGGGCGCCAUCAAGCGUGAAGAUAUGCUGAAGGUCUACAACGGCAGCAUAUACGAGGAAAUUUCGGGGAAGAAGAGAGCAUAAUUUGGAAACACCGCGAAGGGGAACUCCUUCGGACUAGGGACGUACGAACUUAGCGAGCUCCUGGACAAUAGAACAUCCUGAAGUCAUGCAGCGGUUU